AUGGAGGGUUUACUCACCCCCGUGAGUACCUCAUACAAGACUUCCAUCAGAGAUACUGGAGAUGCGCUGGUAGAAACUCCCAAUGCAGCACAAGCGAGACCGAGGCCCACGCUCCAAGCAUCAACACCAGCAGAAGCGCUCGAGAUUCUCCGCAAUGAGCCAGAUCACGAUAAUCUGAUAGAGACGUUGCGAUUCCUCGGAAAAUCAAGUCCCGAAUUUGACAUCACAUCACCAAGCCCUUUGGCAGCUCAACUCGUUCAUAUUCUGGUCUCGGACACCGUUCCGAACUACUGGGACGUCCUACAGAACUCUCAAAAUGGAAAGAGCUCAGGAUCUCGGAAUAGCGCUCGCAGCUCUCCAGAGCUUGAGAUUCUACUUUCCUGUCUUCGGAGCGUUACAGGUCUGAAUGCAGUUUUGUUGAUUCUGAAGGAACAGAUUCAAAAAUCCAAAGAGUCCAAGAAAGCUGUUGGUGGUCCGAAAAUUGAAGAUAUCCUGGUCAUUGUCUUGCAACUCCUCCAACGCCUGCUACAGGGAGUCAAGACCGUUUCGGUGAUUUGGAACAGUAUAUUCAAUACUGUGGAAAGUCCACCAAAGCAAAAGGCUAUAUGGAACGAUUUUCUGGGUCUCGUAGGUGGCGGAAAGAUUCUGGGCACUGCUGCGGAAGCGGAAGAUGCCAUUAAUGAUCUCAGCAAGAAGAUUGGCGAGAGACACUGGGUAGCGGACGGGACUCUUUACAGCCGAUGGUUGUCUGAAAAUAUCAUAUAUUGGGCGAAGAACCUACCCACUGAGUCAGAGAACGGCUGGAAAAAUUGUGCUGAGCUACUCAGCAAAGGUUUUCGACUUGGACAUACGGAAAGUAUUGUGAAAACCGUUCUUACGUCCUUGGUGUUUGAGAAGAAGGAAUACCAUGCUGAAUUCUUGAAGCUCAUCGAAAGCCUGCCAAGCUUUGACCAACGAAAUGUCCUCUCUUGUGUUCUGAAAAUAGUCUCUAGGGAACAUAUGUAUUCGCCCACUACAAGUGAGGCGAAUCAAUGGUGGAAGUCCGAUGCACCUAUCGUUGCAGCUGCUUCUGGCUUAAUCAAUUUAAUCGUUGCUGGACACGGAACUCGAAAGAAUAUAUUGAUAUCAUGGCUGACUGAUUCCUCUGGAGCCGGUGCGGGUGAUGGAAUUGCCAUACGACGUGCAGUGAUCGCAGCUUUAGCUGGAGACACGUCUGAUAUGGAGAUGAUUCUGGACAAAAGCUUACAGCAAUUUGGAGAUCAAUUGUACAUUAGACAUACCCCUACAUUGCAACAAGAAGUACAUACCCAAGUUCUCCUGCUUGCGGCAGGCUAUGUCCACCGGAAGACACCUCUUCGUCUCACAAUUAUGAUGAGAUCAGGUACUCACCUGAGUGCGGUCUCAAAUCGUCUUGCUGCAUCCUCUCCCCGAGCCCGCUUCCUUGGUAUGGCUGUUGGCGAAGCUCUCUCCAGCUUGACUGACAAGGGAGACAAGAAGAUGGAAUUCAAGGUAGACGAGAUGAAUACCGAUGAAGCUCAAUGGUACAAGAGUCUUGUCAACGUGUCAGAUAGCAUUGGGUCUUUGGAACCAUUCAAGGCGGGGAUUACGACCAAAGUUUCCAAGUCUAAACCGAAAGUUUCUCAGCAAUCAAAGAUAUCAACGCCGAUAUCAACUGGAUCAAAGAUUGUUGCAAUUGAAGAAGUCCAAGAUUCCGACGAAGAAGAAUCAACUGACGAUGGCUUAGUGCCCUACGCCAAACCCGACUCGGAUGCGGAAGAUUCAGAUGAGGAUGCAACGCUCAUCACCCGCAAUAAACCUACAGCCCCAGUCUACAUCCGGGACUUGAUAACAUACUUGCGAGAUACGGAGAACUACGAUCGCCAAAAACUUGGCCUAACUACAGCGGCACCACUGAUCCGCCGCAAGGCCAGUUUUGGUACCGAAGUCAGUGCCCAUGCAGAGGAACUAGCAACGCUACUCGUUGGGCUGCAAGACAAGUAUGAAAUUGAAAAUUUCCAGGAUAUGAGAAUCCAAGGCAUGAUAGCCGUCUUGGUAGCCCUCCCCCUGAAGAUGGGACAAUGGUUCUCGAAGACUUUCUUCGAUGGCGACUACUCCAUUUCCCAAAGAGCAUCCGUCCUCACCACCUUGGGUUUGGGAGCUCGAGAAAUUGGGGGCUUUGGCGCUGAAGACGAAUCUCUCACAACCAUGAAAUCUCUCCCCACUGCAGGAAAACCAUUCCCAUCAAAGACCCUCCCUCAACACAUCCACGCACAUUACGCUCCGCCUUCAAAACCUAGACCGUUGACCUCGACUCCUAUUUCAGCACUCGACACUCUCACUACAAAUCUUGGCAAUACCAUGAUAGCACCCAUGGCCGCCAAUCUCGCAGACAAGCUAACCGGACCCUCCAUCCUCAAGAUCCGUACCUUCUCAACCCGCAUGGCGGUUGAAGCCAAGCGCAAGAAGCCCACCACCAACACCCUGGCCCAAAUAGUCUCCCAAGGUUUCUUCUUCCCGCUCACAGGCCGGUUUACAAUCCACCUCAAAGCUCUAGGCUCUUCCUCUCAGAAUAUCACGUUCCAUCCCUACCUUCUCUCUCUCUUCCUCAAAACCCUCUCCCUACUCCUCCAUGCUUCGGGCCCCAACACUCUGAGUCUGCCGCAAAUGACUAGUGAGUUUUGGGAUUUGUGCUUGGGGUUGAGGGCACAGAGCACAGGGGACGUCAUGGUGCUAGAGGCGUUGCUGUUUGCGUUUCUGACGAUACUCGAGGUUAACGGAGACAAGAGGGCGUUGGUGGAGGGCUUUGGACGGCAGAUGUUGGAGACGCAGGAGUGGGUUGAAGGGAUCUUUGGGAGGUUGGGGAGUGUGGGGAGCGAGGAGGAUGAGAGAGUCCGGAUGAUGGCCGCUGGCGUGAUAGCCAGGAUUCGGGAGAACGUUGAGAAAUACCAGGCUCUGCUGAUGGGAGACUUGGCGAGCAUCAGAGGUUGA